GCGGGGUAAAAACCCUUCAAACAAAUCAUUGCCGCGACGCCGUGUUCACGGUUUGUUUUCAUUUCGACCUCCAGUGCUUCCAAAGGUGCAGUUUGGAAACAGUUGAGGGGAAUAGUUGCCGACUUCAAACAGCGGACAGCCUUAUUGGGGAAUGAGUUUGUGAUAGUGUCGAGUCAACAGUAUGGCGUCAGGGGAAGAAAGCAGUGCUCCUCCUGAGGAUGAGAGGGGCGUUCUACUGGACAUUGAUGACGUUCACUUGCUUUUACAAGUGGAACAGGAGCAGAUUCAGAAGAGAACGUUCACAAAUUGGAUCAAUGCACAGCUUUCCAAGAGGAGUCCUCCAGCUGCUGUCCAGGAUCUGUUCUCUGAUCUUCGGGACGGAACACGACUGCUUGACCUGCUGGAGGUGAUGAGCGGCCAGCGCAUGAAGCGAGAGCGAGGUCACGGUGUGUUUCAGCAGAGAGGCAACAUCGAGACUGCUUUGAGCUUCUUGAAGAAUAAAUCCGUCAAACUGGUGAAUAUAAACAUCCCAGACAUCUUAGAAGGGAAACCUUCCAUCAUUCUGGGCUUGAUAUGGACCAUCAUCCUGCACUGUCAUAUAAAGGAGCUAGCCAGUACCCUCUCAUUUGGAUCCCGUUCCUCCUCCCUGGACUCCCUGUCCAGUCUAGACUCUUUUUCUGGUUCUCCAGCCAGUAGUCCAGUUCCUCGAGGAGCAUCACCGCUCCACACACGCUUCCGUCUGUCUGCUAAAAAAGCUCUGCUCCUGUGGGUUCGGGACCAGUGCCAGAAAGUCGGCUGUCCAGCUAGCGUGAGAGACUUUAAGUCGAGCUGGAGGAGUGGAGAGGUAUUUCUGGCUAUCCUCUGCUCCCUCAGGCCAGAUCUGGUGGAUCUCUCCCAAUUUCAGACCAGCAGCAAUCAGCAAAACCUGGAGAAAGCUUUUUACCUUGCUGAGAAGGAGCUAGGGAUUCCCAGACUACUUGAGCCAGAAGACGUUGACGUCAGUAACCCUGAUGAGAAGUCCAUCAUGACAUACAUUGCUCAGUUCCUUCAGUACUCCAAUGAUUUACCUUUAUCUGAUGAUGAUAUUGAGGCUUCACCCAGUCAGAAAGCCAGAGAGAUGAAAUGUUGGCUACAGCGAGCUUAUCAGGAGUUGCUGGAUUCAUGGAUUUCCACUGAGGGGAAGGGAUACGCAGAAAGGUACCAGGCAUUUCAGAACUUUGUGGGCACGUAUUAUGAGCAGAGACGUCCAGUUAUUCCAGUGCUCAGUGCAAUGAAGCGAUCUACUAAACCCAACGAGGAGCAGAUGGAACUGAGAAAGGCCUGGGAUGCCAUGGAGGAGAGGUUACAAGAGUACAAAAGUGAGCUUGAUGUUGGUUUGCCAGCACCUCUGAACACACUAGGCCAGUGGCUUCAACACAUAGAGGCUGUGCUUACUGAAGACAGCAGCAACACAGAAGAUCAUGCCCUUGCUGCCAGAGAUGCCAGACAUAAGCAAGAACAGCUGAAGGUCCUGGUUGAAGAUUUAAGCCAGCACUUGAACACACUUCAUCACUACUGUAACGCAGAUGAUGAUAACUGUCCUCAAGUACCAGUCGAGAAGCUGGAAGAGAUCAAAAGACGUUUCACCAGUGCCAGAGUAACAGCCAAGUACCACGGCAUCAAGCUACAAUAUAGAGAGCAGAUGCACCAUGUUUAUGACCUGCUGGGACGUCUGAAGUCUAAGCUGAGCUUGUGGAAAGGACCUUAUGGCUCCCAGGAGUCUGUGCAAUCUCUUCUACAGGAUUGGCAUGAAACUGUUGACAAGGAAGGCCUGGUGUGGAAGUUGAAGGAAGCUCUACAUAAGCUGAAAGACACAACAAUCAGUUAUGCAAGCAAAGCAGCCCUGGCGGACGACUUGCCUGUGGUAAACAGGCAGGUAAAGGAAGCUGAUAGUGAAACAAGAGCCAUCACUGAUGCUGCAGAAUCAGUCAAGUCUACUAUGGAGCGUGUGCUGGGUGCAUGGGAGUCCUACAAAGACUACCUGUAUCGGUUACAGGUCUGGCUGGGGCAGGAGAGUCAAACACAGAUGCAAGAGAAAGAGCAGAAGCGUUUUUCCUCCAGCGAGAAUGAGUGGAGUACACGUCAAGCCCAGCUGAACGAAGCAGGCAACUUUCUCAUUGAGAUGAGUGAUACAUCCACCAGCCAUUCUCUAUCUGAUGAGCUCCGCAGGCUCAACAUGCAGUGGGCUGACUUCAUAAAAAGGACCAAGUUUGCAGUGACCCAUCAGCCCAUCUGUACAGUUCCAGGUGUUCAAACUGCUCAAGGCCUGAUGCAGGAAUCGGGCUGUGUACUUAGAGAUACUCUCGAAGUGUCAUCUGGACCCCUGCGCAUUUAUAGAAAGAAACUACAGGGCAUAAUUAAAAAGAUUUCAGAGCUUGAUUUAAACUCAAUAUAUCCAUCUCCAGACUGCAAAGAGGAAACUCUUCACAAACUCAAGCAAGCACUGCUAGAGAUGUAUAACACUUUAAACCGAGUAGAUCAGGUGUGUGAGGGGCUCCAGAGAGCGGCGUCUCUUCUUGAAGGCAGAUUAGCUGAGCUUGAAAACUGGAGCACAGAGGCCCAAGAGGUCUGCCAGCACCUAAGCAGCAGGCAGCGUCGAGGCCACUUGGAGCCACAUCUUAGGGCUAAAGCUUUGAUAUCUAGAGGUCUACAGUUGGAAGGACAGGUGGUGACAGAGGGCGAGGACCUGCAAGUUCUCGUGACAUCUUUGCAAAAGAACUUCACCCUGCCUUACCUCAGCAUAACAGACCUUCAAGACCGACUGAAGCAGACAGUCUCUCUCUGCCAGGAGGUUACUGAGAUGCUCAGUUGUCAUGGAGUAAAGCGUGAAGGACAGCCUGAAAGUGCACGGCCUGCUUCCAAGGUUUUUGUGCAUACACUUUCUCAGCCUGAAUUUCAAACUGGAAGCAUUCAGCACUAUCAGAUGUUCUCUCGAAGCAGCAAACUUUCCUUAGACAGCCCAGUGGAAUCUCAAAAACAAGACUUUCAUUCCUUUCAGCUGCAGACACCAUUUGAAGCCACUGGUGGUGCAAAGCACCAGGCCCUCAGUCAGUUUCAUGAUAAAUCUCCCGAAGAUCAAAGGAAAGCUAAAUGCCAAAUACAGCAAGCAGACCUCAAACAGCCUUUGUUGUCAUCCGUUGUUGGCAGGAAGGUUCAAAUGAAACCCCAGACUAAAGUUCAUCUUAUCUCUGUAGACUCGAGCCAAACCUCGUGCCCUGGAUCCUCAGGACCUUUUCAGGUUAUCUCUGUAGAGUCAAACCAAUCCAGCAGCAUUGAACCCUCAGUCCCUCUCCCAGUUGUUUCUGUAGAUUCAAGCCAUACAAGGGGCUUUAGACCAUCAGAAGUUCAGGUUGUCUCUGUAAACACAAGCCAGACCAUUAGCUUUGGACACUCAGACACUCUCCAUAGUAUCCCUAUUGAGUCAAAACAAACCAGUGGCUUUGGAGCAUCAAGCCCUCUCCAAGAAAUUUCUGUACACUCAAGUCAAGCCAGUAGCUUUAGACAAUCAGAACCUCACGUUUUCAGUGUAAACUCAAGUCAGAUGAGUGGCUUUCCACCCUCAAACCGUCUUUGGGUUAGCUCUGUAGGAUCAAACCAAACCACUGGCCUUCAAUCCUCAGACCCUUUACAGGUUAUGUCUGUUGAGUCAAGCCAAUCUAGCAACAUUGGAUCCUCAGAACAUCUUCAUGUUACCUCUGUAGAAUCACAACAAUGCAGUGAGCCCUCGGACCCUCUCCAGGUGGUUUCUGUAGACUUAAGCCAAACAAGUGGCUUUAGACAAUCAGAGGUACAGGUUGUUCAUGUAAACACAAGCCCGACCAUUGGCUUUGGACUCUCAGAUCCACUUCAGAUUAUACCUGUAGAGUCAAACCAAAUGGGUGGCUUUGGACCAAUGGACCUUCAAGUUGUAUCUACAGACUCAAGACAAUCUACUGAGCCAUCAGUUUCAUCCAGCACUAUGUCCAGCACAAGCACUUUGAUUAAAUCAGAUACCAUGACUCCACUAAGAAUGCCAAUUGAACAGCACCUAGCUUCACCACCAACACGCCAAGUUCAAACCUUAUUAGCACCCUCGAAGCAAAGACAAACUGUUCUAGUCAAAAGUUGCAGCUUUACCCAGCCCCAUGAUGAGCAAUCGCAAACCCAGUCUGCUUCCUGCCAAAGCACUUUAGGUGAAGCGGUCACAGUGACUCGGCUAAGAACCCCAAUUAAACACUUCUUUGAUUCACCACCAAAAUUGCAAUCUCAGACCUCAGUGACAACUUUACACCCAAAACAAAGGGUUUUAGCAAGAAGUCACAGCUUUCCACAACAAGUACAGGCUUCAGGCGUUCCUCAUAUCCCAGUUCAGAAUGAGGUGUUUGCCAGAGCUCAGGCUUUAGCCAGGAGCAGACUGGAGAAAGCCAAAAAUCACCUGGAUGAACACAUACAGGAUGUGAUUACUGUGAUCCGUACCAGAGACAAAUCUAAAAAACAAGGCAAGAAAAGACAGGCAAUAUCACGUUUUUUGAGGCCUACAGUAUUGGAGACAUUUCUAGAAGCCCUAAAGGGUAUGGGGGAUUUCUGCUCUGAUGCCCAGCUCAGAGACAUGGACCUCCUCUCUCAGUCAGUCAGGACACAGUGGGAGGUAUGUGCUACAGCAGCUGAUUGUUCAGUUCAUCUGGAAGCCUUGAGAAGAAUAAAGGAGAGUCUGGAGUCUGCAGAAAGUGUUCUUCUCAGCACCACUCAUCAGAGAACAGACACACAGAGGGUGGAGGACAUUCAGCACCUCACAGUCUCUUCAAGUGACUUGGCACCAUGUCAGAACAGCAGGGAGGACAGUGUCCCGCUGAGAGAGACUGUGCUGCUUGAGGACCUCAGCCUCGUCCACUCCCAGGCUGUUGUCCAGACCAACAUCGUGGAGAUCAAACAGAUAGCAGAGAGGACCAUCAUCCACCCCUGUUUAGCACAGGAAGAGAAGGCCACAGUGGAGAAAGCUCAGAGCAGGUAA